GGGGCGGGUGUAUGCAUACGUGUCUUUUGCAUUCGCGUUGCGUGCAUUCGCAUUUAUAAUACGUGCGUCUAAGUGGCCAAUGCAUCCAUUACGGCCCCAUACGUUAGCGGCCCACCGGGAAGACGCCCGGUAAGCCAGAUGGCCAGUCCGCCCCUGGCAGAUAGGAACCAUAGAACACCAUUAAAGGAGUAGUUCACCUUCAAAAUGAAUAUUCUGUCAACGUUCACACGCCCUCUUGUCAUUUCAAACUUGUAUUUUUCUUCGGCAGAACAGCACAGCACCACAUUCAAUUCUAUUGUAACCAUUGCAAGUGAAUGGCGGGCUGUUAACAACAUUCUUCAAAAUAUCUUGUGUGUUCUGCGUAAGAAAGUCAUAGAGGUUUGAAACCACAAGAGGGUGAGUAAAUGCAGGCCCGGAUUAAGAAUUCAGGGGCCCCUGGGCACAAGUGUCUUGUAGACCCCCCCCACAUACAUAAACAUAUUCAUUUUUCUAAGAAUAAAAGGGCAGACUUUGUCAAUGAUUAUACUAUAAGAGUAAUUUGUUCAACUUUAUUUGUGUAACAAGCACUUCGCGACUCACGUUCUUAUGUAAGCGUGUAAUGGUAAACGGCAUUAACGAAUAUUAGUUAUACUGUUACGAGUCUGUGUAAGUAAACAUUUUGCAAUGUAUGUAAAACUCUGGAUUUUCUAAUAAUUUAGGCUAAAAAUCGGUAAAUUAAGGCAGAUAGACCUGAUCAACAUCAAUAUAAAAUUAAUUAUUGGCGAAGACACACCAGAUACAUGUAAAAAAACUCUUACCUUUUUAAGAUUUUAAAGACAACCGUGAGGGUAUUCUAACUUAACCUAUAUCUUAUAUUCACAACAAAGCCGUUCUCAUUUACAUCUUUUCAGUUUCUAUAAAAAGCGGCGAUUUUGGCUAUAUUCUUUCACACAGCCUCUGUCAUGGUAACCAUGUGCAUAUUUACAGACGAAAUGGGUUCAUGUUUACACAUUCAAACAGUCGAUAACAGUGACAGGUUGUUGGAAAUGCUGUUUUGUACUCAUUUUAUUCAGGAGUCACCUGUGGAAUGUGCUACUUCCUGCCGCUCAAUGAGACGAUCCCUGCGCGGGGAAAGAGAGACCUUGCGCUCGCGGGGAACAUUUUCCCACUGAAAGCUAAAGUUUAUCGGAAAGUCGCUUGAUUUAUCGCAUUGUGCUUCUGAACAAAAGCUGCUAAAGGGCUUGUAAAAGUUACUAAAUCAAGAGACAGACUUGCGUACGUUAGAAACACGAUUUUGUGUGCGCACUUGCGUGUGUGCGGCUAGAGAGGCACACGGCAGAAUGAAUAUAGCGAAAACAUUUUCUCCCCCUUUCUUGGGCCCCAAGCACGUAUGGGCCCCUGGGCCUGUGCCCAUAAUGCCCAUUGGAUAACCCGGCCCUGAGUAAAUGAUGACAGAAUUAUCAUUUUCAGGUGAACUACUCCUUUAAAUCUUACUGAAAUAAGGGUCAAAUCACACAACAUAAAAGCUUUUGUAUUGGUCAUAUGGUAAAAAGCUGGUUCAUUAAGUUAUUUGUAGCCUAAUGUAAACCCCUAGAAAUUGUGUUGUUUUCGUCAGGCUAUGUAAUUCAGAUAUUGUUACAUUUGGCGUUGACAUAAGGCGUCACGUUUUCUCUUCCUUAUUAAGAUCAAAGUCGAUGAAAUAUAUCUUAAGAGCGAGAACACACCGAUAAGACGAAAAAUAAAGAAACCAACAAUUGAUUUGUUUUUUUAAGCCGACAUUUUAAAACUUCUACCCGCUAUAUGCUGUUGCUCAAGUGACAAUGUGCAAAGUUUGAUCCAAACUACCGUGACCCAUAAAGUGUGUUAGCUUAGCUGUGACCAGUUUCUGCUGCUUUCGGCUCGCAGGUGCUCGAGCUGUGAGAGAGGGAAUGAACACAACAGAGCUCUGCUUCUUUUCAGUCUAUUCAUGAGUCGCUUAUGUUAAACGAUAGUUCCGAGAAAGUCACACCAGUGCAUACACUGAUAUGUCGAGAAAUAUGUCACGUUUUCUACUUCGUUUCUCAUCUGUGUUUUUCAAUGGAGCAACUGUCAAAUCAAUAUUACCAAAGAAGAGGAUAUUUGUAGGGAUUCGGCCGAUUUCUACAUCGCCGGGUUUGCUCUCAUUGACACGUUAUGACCAUGGGUCCACAGACUGGCAAAGGAAGCUGACUCCAGAACAGUAUGUUGUAACGAGAGAAAAAGGCACAGAAGUGCCGUUCAGUGGCAUCUACCUGAAUCACAAUGAGGUGGGCAUGUACCAUUGUGUAUGCUGUGACUCCCCACUUUUUAGCUCAGAGGUUAAAUAUGAUGCUGGAGCCGGUUGGCCAUCCUUCUAUGAGGCUCAUGGGACAUGGGAAAAGGAUGAAAGUCAUGCCAAUAUUGUCCGUCGUCCUGACAACUCACUUGGUAGCACUGGAACAGAGGUUAUCUGUAAACAUUGUGAUGCUCAUCUUGGCCAUGUUUUUGAUGAUGGUCCUGAUCCAACUGGCCAGCGAUUCUGCAUAAACAGCGUAGCUCUUAACUUCAAGCCAAGAGAAAUAUAAACCAGACAUUUCAUCAGCAAAACCAGAAGUUACGUCCUUUGACAGUAAUGUAGUUGUUCGGUGCAAAUGAAGACAACGGCAUUUGAAUAACACAUGAUCCUUUGUGAUAUGCUAUAAAUUACUUUGAGAUUUGAGCAAAAAAUGGAUGUCUGUCUCCAGUGCACUGUAUUCUUGCUUUAUCUAACGUGUUUUUUUGGCAUACCACUGUACAUUAAAUUGUAAAAAUGCAAACAAAAACGACUGUUUUAU